CAUUCAGAAGAGGAAGGAUUGAGCAGAUGUGCCCCACCACAUCUAUUUAGCUGAUUGUAGUGUCAGGAUCUGUAUGUAAGACCGUGGAGCAGAUACUUGAGAUACCGUAGGAGUGCAUGUAGAAAGAGCUGAAACUCGAUUACGAAUCUAGUGCGUCCCAUUUUUAGAUGACUGCUUCCCACUUUUGGUUCGAGUGAACCUUUAUUUGCUCUUGUGACAUGAGUGGAUGUGAUUGGUAGAACUUUUUUUGUGCCAAUGUGAUUUCUUAUAUACGGUCAUUUACGUUCUUCGUAUAGAGGCCAUUCCUUUUAAAGUAUCGUCCUGGAAAGACAAACUUUCGGACGUUCGUGCUGAACAGUCCAAUUCUUCGACAUCACGUGUGGUUUCUGCGCCAAAUUUGUAGGGAUGCGCUGAUCUCAGUCUCUAUGUGGAUGAAUUGUUAAAUGUAAGUUUGGUUAAUUCAUGGGUGCAUCACAAACGAGAAAAAUAAACGAAGACAGUAUGAGCAGCAAUAAUUCCAGAACAAACAACAAUGCUGACAAUAGCAGUGGCCAAAGUAAUAUGAGACCACUGUCAAUUCAAGCAGCUCGGCCUCGUAAUGAUCCUAAUCAACCUCCUCCUCGAAUUUUGGAACAACAACCAAGACAACCAUCUAAUUUACAAGGGCUCCUAAGAUUUGCGAUGGAAGCUACACGAUCUGAAGAUGCUCCUCAUAGCUCUCAAUUCCAACCAUUGGACGAAGAGAGAAAGAAAUUCUUAGAUGAGGCUCUGUCUUCAAUAACAGUGAAUGUAAUAGAAGAAUUACAAAAGGCAAUUAAACUCUUAACAGGUGUGGGUGAACUCCAGCCAGGUGAUGAUCCAUCCGAAUAUGAAGUGGCACUUGAAAGAAUUGCAGAUUUUGUUGAUAAUAUAGAUAUUGCCAAUGACUUUUACAAAAUUGGGGGGUUUUCAAUUUUUGGACCUUGUUUAAAUUCUCCUCAUAGUAAUAUCAGGUGGAGAACAGCAGAUAUUAUCGCAGAAUUGACACAAAAUAAUCCUUUCUGCCAAGAGAAAGUUCUGGAAAUUGGCGCAAUGCCCAUAUUAUUGAAUAUGGUAGAUUCAGACCCCUCUGAACAAGCAAGAAUCAAAGCACUGUACGCUGUGUCUUGUCUAGUCCGAGAAAAUCCUAUAUCCUUGAGGCAUAUGGAUGUAAAUGAUGGAUAUUCUGUACUCUUACGCGCAAUACAAAGUCCUGUAGAAAAACUACAAAUAAAAUCUGCCUUCUUAUUGUCAUCUUUGUGCAACAAAGAUAAUUCCGAUAACUUAAAAGCUACAUUAGUGAGAAUGGGUUUGGUAGAGCAGAUUGCUGGCCUCUUAGCUAUGGGAGGUCUUCUUCCAGAUACGAGGGAACACUUAUUGAGAGUUCUGUAUGGAUUAACUUGUAAUAAUUAUUUCCCUGCAUUGAGAGAGUGUCGUCGACCAGAGCUGUGCUUAAAAGCCACAUUGGAGCGAUAUUUGAAAGAAUUGAAAGCCGAGGAAAGUGUUGACGAAGUAGACGUAUGUAACGAGCUACUAGACAGAAUAUUUUCUGAGCGUGAUAACGGUCAGGAUAGGUAGCCUUAUAAAAGCGAAAGGCUAAUAAGCUGCGACAGCUAAUUUCUAGCGCCGUUACUCCAGUUUACUGUAUUUGCAAUUAAAGUACAACAAACAUAAUAGUAUAUAUUUUUUCUUCCGAAAAAAAGUACAUACUUUCGGAUUCUAACACUAAUAACAAAAAACAUUAAACAUGUUCAUGUUAUUUUAAGAGAAUGUAAAAAAUAACGAAGAAUAUAAAGAUUAUCAAACGUA